UCUAGAUGGUUUAGGACGCGGAUUCUCUCCACCCCACCCCCAGGGAGGUCCCCACAGUCAAAUUCCUCCUUCCUGACUCAGCCCCCUCCCCUUCUUCUUACCACUGCUCCUUUGUAUAAAUUUGCAAUUCUGUGUAAUUGGAGCGCAGUGAAAACCUGCAGAUUUCUGGCAUGAACUGAACAAAUUCUGUGAAGAGACAAAUGUAGCCAUGAGCUGACCAGGAGAAUUUUACCUGAAGUCUGAAGGGCAGGGUGGAGAGUACUAGAAAACAAGGCCUUCAUGCAAAGUUUUCUUUGCGGCAGAUCCCAUCAAAAUAGUGAGCGCCCAGCGGCAGUACAUGUUUGAUGAGAAAGGUGAACGGUACCUGGACUGCAUCAACAAUGUGGCCCAUGUGGGACACUGUCACCCAGAAGUGGUCAAAGCUGCCUUUAAGCAGAUGGAACUGCUAAAUACAAAUUCUCGAUUCCUCCACGACAACAUGGUCGAGUAUGCCAAGCGCCUUUCAGCAACCCUGCCGGAGAAACUCUCUGUUUUCUAUUUUACAAAUUCUGGAUCUGAAGCCAACGACUUGGCGUUACGCCUGGCUCGACACUUCAGAGGCCACCAAGACGUGAUUACCCUUAACCACGCUUACCAUGGCCACCUAACAUCUCUAAUUGAGAUUAGUCCUUAUAAGUUUCUAAAGGGCAAAGAUGACAAGAAAGAAUUUGUGCAUGUGGCACCAACUCCAGAUACAUACAGAGGAAAAUAUAAAGAAGACCAUGAAGACCCAGCCAGUGCUUAUGCAGAUGAAGUGAAGAAAAUUAUUGAAGAAGCUCAAAACCGUGGAAGGAAGAUUGCUGCUUUUAUUGCCGAAUCCAUGCAGAGUUGUGGCGGACAAGUAAUUCCUCCAGCAGGCUACUUCCAGAAAGUGGCAGAAUAUGUGCGUGGAGCAGGGGGUGUGUUCAUAGCUGAUGAAGUUCAGGUGGGCUUUGGCCGAGUUGGGAAACAUUUCUGGAGCUUCCAGAUGCAUGGUGAAGACUUUGUUCCGGACAUUGUCACGAUGGGGAAGCCAAUGGGCAAUGGCCACCCCAUGGCAUGUGUGGUAACAACCACAGAAAUCGCAGAAGCCUUCAGCAGCUCUGGGAUGGAGUAUUUCAAUACGUAUGGAGGAAAUCCGGUGUCUUCUGCUGUUGGUUUGGCCGUGCUAGAUGUAAUUGAAAAUGAAGAUCUCCAAGGAAAUGCCGCAAGAGUAGGGGAUUAUCUUAUUGAGUUACUGAAGAAACAGAAGGCUAAGCACACUUUGAUAGGAGACAUCAGGGGCUUUGGCCUCUUCAUCGGAAUUGACUUAGUAAAGGACCAUCAGAAAAGGACCCCUGCCACAGCAGAAGCGCAACACAUCAUCUACAAGAUGAAAGAAAGUAGAGUGCUCCUCAGUGCAGAUGGGCCUUACAGGAAUGUGCUUAAAAUAAAGCCACCCAUGUGCUUCACUGAAGAAGAUGCAGCGUUCAUGGUGGACCAACUGGACGGGAUUCUGACAGUUUUAGAAGAAGCCAUUGGAGGCAAAGCUGAAAGUGUGAUCUCGGAGAAUACUCGAGGCAGAGCAAAGCUGCCUAGCGAAGCCCACGCAGAACUGGUCAGUGAUGGCACCAGGGAUCCCAAAGAAAGUUCCAGUCGGAAGAAAAAUGGAGUAUGUGCAGAUAAACAUUCACUGCUCAACAAGAGGCUCAAGACCUGAGAUGUUGGCUUUUUAGAGCAAGCCAAGUGUCCGGAGUCCCCUGGAGCAAAUGCCGCGUCCCCUCUGCAACUCCCCCAGUGGCACCUGGAAAAGCAGAAUCUGCAUUGCGUUUAGGUGUGCCGAUCAAAGGUGAAUGAGUAACGCGAGUAAAUCAAGUGAUGAUCAAACCACGCCAAGAUGGUUGAUUCAGCCUCUAGCUUGUUAAUUCCUUAGUGAGAUUUUGGAAUGUACGAAAUUCAUUCUACUAAAUUUAAGCUUCAAAUUGAACAUGAAGUUGGCAGCUUUACUUCUCAUGUUUAAUGUUUGAAAUGAGAGAACAAAGUUCAAUAGGUUUCUUAACUCUGGAGACUUAGUGCCUUAAAAGAUGAAAUCUUUAGUGAUUUAAUUUAUAACUAUAUUUAUGAACUAUAACAAAAUAAAAGAUAUAAGCCAAAAAAGUUUACUCUGUAAGUGCUUGCCCUUCUUUUGCAGAGCAUAGUAAGGCUUUGGGUGGUAAAAUCAAAGCUGUUUGAAACCAUCACUUCCAGACAGGUUCACAGGGGCAUGAAGGAGUGAGUCCUCUGGCGGGGAACUAGGUGAUCACCAUCCUCUUGGGUUUAGGGGAGUUUAAAUAAGUGGGGGGACACACACUACAUCUGAAACACUCAGAAAGAUGUAGCUGGAGCAGAGCAGCAGCAAAGUGUGGUGUCUGUCAUCA